UGGUCGUGAGGCUUUUAUGAUGUAUAAGUCGUGCUAAUUAUUACAUAUUAUAUUAUAGAUUAUAACAUUCAUAGAUAUUAUAUUGGAACCAAAGCAGCGGUGAACAAAAAUUAAUGGCUUUGAGAAGUGUGCUCUACCCUCGUCCGUUCAAGUUUGUGAUUGUCGGAGCACCUGGAUCAGGAAAAACAACUUUGAUACGGAAAUUCGUGGCAGGAUUUUCUGAAGAGAAUGAUCCAAACGAUGGAGAAGAGGAAGAAUUGUCAAAAAAUGCUCAAACAAAUUUCUUGUGCAACUUGAAUCAUCUAACUCUAAAAACGACAGUAAAACACGUAUGCAAAAACGGAUCGUCAGUGGCCAUGACAAAAAAUGAUAUCACCCGUCGUCUCUGGGUGAAAAAACAUUCCAGACAUUUCGUCAGACGAAAUAUCGUUCUCACGGAAAAUGAUAAACGAGACAUUAUUUGGGAUGAAAUAUUUGUUUACAUACAAAGGCCAUUUCGAGGCGUAGAUGGCAGACGAGGAUGUCGGUCAUUUUCGGCAUCGACUAAAACUGAGGACUUGAAAAAAGCUGAUAUAGAAGAUCUCAAAGCGGAGAGUGAUGGAGGAACUGCAAAAGCUGCACCAAGAAAAUCGUCCAGAAAACGUCGAAGCAAACGAUCAACUAUCGCUAAUGAUAAGCUGGAUUCGUCCAAAAGAACGUCACUUCUUGGACGAGCAUUACACGAAAGGUUGACGAACUCUGACAUCGCGGAAAUGGAUGUGGAAAUAUGGGAUACGGGCGAAGGUGAAAGUCAUUGGCAUCAGUGGUACAAUUGCUCGGGGGCAGACGCUGUGCUACUUUGUGUUCCAAUGGCAUCCAUUUUGGGAUCCGAAAGCUAUGAAAAUUCUGAGGCAAACAAAAGUGACGUCAAAAUAGCGGACGACCUGAAAGAAUUUGUUCCGGAAGAAUUCUUAAAUUCUCGUAAAAUUAAUGAAAAAGGUCUCGUGCCUCCGGUAAUCUUAGUUGGUACAAAAUCAGAUCUGUGUGGAAGCCGAAUCUCCCACUGCAGCGUCUUUGACGACACAGAUAUUGAGGAUUCUAUUGGACUGGAUCUUGCGAAAGAAAUUGGAUGUUGCGACUUUGUUCGAUGUUCUGGUUCUCGAGGUUGGGGAAUGUCUGCUUUGUUUGAAACAGCCUUUGCCGUUUCGCUGACCAGCGAUGGCAGUUAUCGAGCUUCGACGAGAAAGGAAGUCAUUGAAUCGAUUCCCAGCGAUGUUGAUAGCGUAAUGGCACAGGAAGUAGCUCAACCCACGUAUUUCAGAGUUCAUUCAUUUCAAAAAGAUUCCAAACCUCCGAUUAUUAGUAUAACAAAACACGACAAUACAAACACAAAAGAUGUCGUGAGAUUAUCACACCAUGGCUCAGCAGUACAGAGGUCAAGCACACCAAAGAAGCAACCGCCACAAAUAUUUUUUCCUCCACCUCCAGAAUAUUCUCCGCCGUCUACAUGUCCGCCAUCUUCGACUUCAUCUCGUCUAUGUUCCGAUAAAUCUUCGUCUCUGGAAUCUUUGACUGACAUACAACUUCAUGGAAUCUCACAUAUAACUCAGUCUCCUUCAAAAAAUAUGACCGGGAGUACUAUAUCAGAAUCUGAAAAGGGACUGACUCCUCCUAUACCAGCGCCGAGAAGAAAACGAAACAAGGAAAAUAGGAAUCUCGACAAAAAGCCGUCGAUCAAAAAAGAUCAACACGAUGAAGCUUCGCUUAGUACCGAUGUUGAGUUACCACCAACUUCCAAAUCUAGAUCUCGUUCUCAAUCUUCGUUGUCCAGUACAAAAUUAUCGCGACGUGAGAGGCGGGAAAGCGUUUUUCUGAAAUUUAUUCAGAUUUAGAUGGCAAACAAUUUUAUUUUUAUUUUCAAGCAAACAUAAUGUUUACAAUGAAAUCAAUACUGUGUAAAGUUAGCAUAUGUAAAAUUGUACUUUAAAGCCCAGUCAAGAUGUAUUAUUUUUGUAUAAUGAACUACACCUUAACGCAUGCUGGCUGCGUUUUCCAUGGGCUCGCGAUAGUCUUCUGAAUACAAAUUCUGACUAUAAUACAACAUCAGUACACCGUUGAACUGUUCUCCUCAAGUCAAAUUUUGAAUAUUUAUUUCAUUUUUCUACCGAUUUAUUGCGUUUACUUAUUCUACGCUCAUCAAUUGAAUCCAGCCGUACAACAACAAUAUUCGUUACAAAAAUUAGUUUAAUAAAAGCAUAACUUUUGGUAAAUCGUCAUAAGUUUACUAACUACAUCAUAAAACAUCUAGCGAGUAUUUCAUGAAGUUAUCUUAUCUGGAGUUUAUUAUGAUUAUAUUGUGCCAAAAUGUAAAAAUAUAAAAACAAUGAAUAAACAUUUAUAAUUAUUGA